GGCGGAGGGAGUUUCACUUUGUUCCCUCAAACUUGUGCUGCGUUUUCCUUCUCGGUCACGUGUGAGCCGCUGCGUUUGCGUUGCGUUGUCCGUAAUAACGACGCAACAGUUGUCAUGAUGAACUGUACUCGUACCUCCGAAGGUCGCCAGCGUCCCGUGCGAAGGCUGUGAUCGCGGUCUUGUUUUCGUUGGGGGAUGGCGAUGGCGACAGCACUGAUAUACGAUGAGGAAAUGACCAAAUACAAACUCCUCUGGGUUGACCCGGCGUGUAAAAUCGAGGUCCCCGAGCGUCUGACAGUCAGUCACGAAGCCCUGGUCAGGUCCGGUCUGGCCGGUCGGUGUGUCUCCAUACCGGUCCGAGCGGCAACCGAUGAAGAGGUCCUUCUGGUUCACAGCGAGGAUUACCUGGAGGCCGUGAAGAAGACGCCUUACAUGAGUCUGGAGGACUUAAUGACCUUCACCCAGCAAUAUGGCGACGUCUACUUUCAUCCAAACAUAUAUCACUGUGCCAAGCUGGCCGUCGGGGCUUCGCUGCAGCUGGUGGACAACGUGAUGACGGGGAGGUUGAGGAACGGCAUGGCUCUGGUGCGGCCUCCGGGGCAUCACAGUCAGAGCAGCGCCGCCAAUGGUUUCUGUGUAUUCAACAACGUGGCCAUAGCUGCACAGUAUGCCAAGAAACACUAUGGCGUCCAAAGGGUGUUAAUAGUGGACUGGGAUGUGCAUCAUGGACAGGGGGUGCAGUAUUGCUUCGAGGAUGACCCGAGCGUGCUCUACUUCUCGUGGCACCGCUACGAGCAUCGGCGCUUCUGGCCCAACCUCCGCGAGUCGGACUACGACAGCGUGGGCAGAGAGCGAGGAGCCGGGUUCAACAUCAACGUGCCGUGGAACAAGGUGGGAAUGGACAACAGCGACUUCCUCGCGGCCUUCUUUCACGUCCUCCUGCCUGUUGCAUAUGAGUUUUGCCCAGAUCUGGUCCUCGUCUGUGCAGGCUUUGACUCGGCCGUCGGUGACCCAGAGGGCAACAUGUGCGCCACUCCGGACGUCUUCGCCCACCUCACUCACCUCCUGAUGAACCUUGCAGGAGGCAAACUGUGUGCCGUUCUGGAGGGAGGCUACAACUUGACCUCUCUCGCCCAGUCCGUGUGUCAGACCGUCCAGACCCUGCUCGGAGAUCCGGUGCCUCAGCCAGCAGAGCUGGGCGGUCCCUGUGGAAGCGCGCUCGAGUCGGUGCAUUGUGUCCGAUCGGCUCACAGGCGGUUCUGGUCCUGUCUUAGGCAUGCAGCCGACCCGCCUGCCUCUCAGCUCAGCACCGAGCGCCGCAAAGCCUCGGGGAAGGAGAACAACGGUGAGGAAGGUGACGACGAACAGGAGGAGGAAACGGAGGAGGGGAGGGCGGAGCAGGUGUCGUGGCCGGAGCCCCCGCGUCGUGUCUCGCCUCCCGUCCGCACCGCCGUGGUCCUCCCUGACGGCGUGGCGUGCCCCGAUGGAAGUACGCCGUUCGGCCCCCAGCGGUCACAUGACCCACCCACCGCCGACACACACGGCCGUUGCAUCGCCCUCGUCGAGAAAAUGGUGAAAAACGAGAUGAACCGAUUCAACGUUCUGAAGACGCUGCUGGUGCAGAUCAGCCGCAAGGAGCCAGAGGGGCAGAAAUCCAAACACCGCAUUCCAGUCUGUCUGAAGGAGGGCUGUGGUGACACGGCAGGGUUCAUGCAGGCCGUGCUGGGCCUCCUGCUGCCUGUAGCGUACGAGUUCGACCCCGGCGUGGUGCUGCUGGCCCGCGGGCCGGACAGCGGGGUGGAGGAGGGAACCUGGCAGCACCUCACCUGUCUGCUGCAGGGCGUGGCACUGGGACACACACUGGUGCUGUUGCAGGAAAAUGAAAGGGCAUCUAUCAGCCCCACAGCUGCCUCCCUCCUGGGGAACCCUGCUCCCUCCCUGGGGCCCCUUGGAGCCCGUCUACCGGAUGAUGUGGAGGCGCUGGAGAGACUGAGACGAAUGCUGCAGGCCCACUGGAAGCUACUCCAGACUACAGAGGCAGCCUGGCCCUCGUUCUGCCCCACCGGCACCGCUCCUCAUACGCAGCAUGAUCCCAUGAAGAGCAGAGCUCGUCUGGUACAGGUCAGCAUCAAACCUGUGUCGUUCACAUCUGGACGCGUCACAGCUGCCGCAGCACGUGUAGACAGCUGCGUCCUCGUGCCGCGCCUGCCGGUGCAUGCAGUCACGGUGGGACCGGCUCCCUGA